UCCUCUCUCUCUCUCCUUCUCCUUUCUACAGGUGGUACUCCCUACCUUUAUCCUGGAGAAGCGUUCCCUCCUAGAGAUGUACGCUAACUUCAUGGCUCACCCAGACAUGUUCCUGAACAUCACCACGGGAGCCACCCCAGAGGAGCGCAUCGUCCGAUUCGUGGAAUACUACCUGACCGCCUUUCACGAGGGGCGCAAGGGUGCCGUGGCCAAGAAACCCUACAACCCCAUCCUGGGAGAGAGUUUCAGGUGUUCCUGGGACGUCCCCCGAGAGAGAGUCCACCCACUGAGGACCAUGGGCUCUGUCCCUAACACUAACAUGACACCCACUUCAAACCCCGCCCCUAACCCCACCUCUUCCUCUAUAGGCUCUUCUCCUAACCCCGCCUCUUCCUCUAGAGGCUCUUCCCCUAACCCCGCCUCUUCCUCUAACCCCGCCUCUUCCUCUAGAGGCUCUUCCCCUAACCCUGCCUCUUCCUCUAGAGGCCCUUCCCCUAACCCCGCCUCUUCCUCUAGAGGCUCUUCCCCUAACCCCGCCUCUUCCUCUAGAGCCUCCCGCCGGACAGGGACGGAGGGCGGGGGUGCUCAGACAGAGGACUGUUACCGGGUAAGGUUCGUGGCGGAGCAGGUGUCACACCACCCACCCGUCACUGGGUUCUACUGCGAGUGUAAAGAGAGGAGCAUGUGCGUCAAUACCCAUGUCUGGACCCGAAGCAAGUUCAUGGGCAUGUCCAUCGGAGUGUCUAUGGUCGGGGAAGGUGUUCUACGUCUGUUGGAGCAUGAUGAGGAGUAUGUUUUCACUCUGCCCUGUGCCUACGCCCGCUCCAUUCUUACCGUACCCUGGGUGGAGCUGGGAGGGAAAGUCACCAUCAGUUGUGCCAAGAGUGGAUACUCUGCCACCGUUACCUUCCAUACUAAACCCUUCUAUGGAGGAAAGAUACACAGAGUGACAGCGGAGGUGAAGCACAACCCGACGGGGACCAUAGUGUGUAAGGCCCAAGGGGAAUGGAACGGUACCCUAGAGUUCACCUACAGCAGUGGAGAGACCAAGGUCAUCAACACCUCCAAGCUGCCUGUCAUCAGGAAGAAGAUACGCCCCAUGGAGAAACAGGGACACUACGAAUCACGGCGUCUGUGGCAGCAUGUCACCUCAGCUCUGAGAUCAGGAAACAUUGACUCUGCUACAGAGCACAAACACUGUCUGGAGGAGAGGCAGAGAGCAGAGGGCCGACAGAGAGCUGCCUCCAACACACCCUGGACACCCAAGUACUUCAUCAAGGAGGGCGAGGGCUGGGUGUAUCACAACCCCUUGUGGAAGACCCACUGACGAGGGGAGGGGCCUCGGGGGGGAGGGGCAACGUGCCAGCUGCCAAUCACAGCACAGCGAGCGGCCCACUGGUGGUCAUGGCAACACACAGGGGACCAGCUAGCCGGGCCAGCUAGAGAAUAGAGGAAAUACACAAGGGGCUGUGUUCCAAAUGGAACCCUAUUCUCUAUAUAGACAGACAACUGCAGAAAGAGUGCACUACAUAGGGAAUAGGGUGCUAAUUUCAGAUUUGCCCAAUGGAUUGUCUUGGAUGAGGAGCUUGUGUCUCAGUCAUUCAAUAAGAAUGAGAGGUGCCAAAGACUCUCAAGAGGGACAGGAACUACAGUCAAGACAGCAAAAGCUCACUGAGUUUCCCUGUCAGAAGCUGACCUGCUACCACACGAUACAGGAAACUCGGCGGCCAUUUUGGAGACGGACCAGGUCGAACCAGGAAGAGGUUGGUUAGGGACGGAAGAUGAGCGUGAUCGUUGGUGGUCAAAGAUAGCUGAACAAUUAUGUAGCUUUUCUUUAAUAUACAGUAGAAUCUAAAUACCAGAAGAAUAUAUUAUAUUCAAUGCUUCUUCCUUCACUUUUAAUUGGUUUGCACAGGUACUGUAGCUGUCUCCACUGUUAUUACCCAGUAGGCCACAGGAGGGGUUGUCCUUCCAGCUGUCUCCACUGUUAUUACCCAGUAGGCCACAGGAGGGAUUGUCCUUCCAGCUGUCUCCACUGUUAUUACCCAGUAGGCCACAGGAGGGGUUGUACUUCCAGCUGUCUCCACUGUUAUUACCCAGUAGGCCACAGGAGGGAUUGUCCUUCUAGCUGUCUCCACUGUUAUUACCCAGUAGGCCACAGGAGGGGUUGUCCUUCCAGCUGUCUCCACUGUUAUUACCCAGUAGGCCACAGGAGGGGUUGUCCUUCCAGCUGUCUCCACUGUUAUUACCCAGUAGGCCACAGGAGGGAUUGUCCUUCCAGCUGUCUCCACUGUUAUUACCCAGUAGGCCACAGGAGGGGUUGUCCUUCCAGCUGUCUCCACUGUUAUUACCCAGUAGGCCACAGGAGGGGUUGUCCUUCCAGCUGUCUCCACUGUUAUUACCCAGUAGGCCACAGGAGGGGUUGUCCUUCCAGCUGUCUCCACUGUUAUUACCCAGUAGGCCACAGGAGGGGUUGUCCUUCCAGCUGUCUCCUCUGUUAUUACCCAGUAGGCCACAGGAGGGGUUGUCCUUCCAGCUGUAUGAUGUAUGUAAGAUCCAAGGAUCUAUGAUUUGUCCAUAAUUAACACACAACACCAAACACACUGUUUAGUGAAGAGUCUUUCUUCAGCCCUUCUGUUCUAUGAUGUACAGUAUAUACAUACCGGUUAGGUAUGUUUGUCACACUUGACUUGUACACUGUUCAUAACACAUGGCCCAGUAUAGAGAACAGUGUUUCCUCCAGCCCUUCCAACAGCCCACAAUGGAGAAAUGUAAUCAGAGGUGAACACUGCUACAAAUGUCAAAGUCAAAGCCAUUUCUCCAGCCCACACCAGCAAUCUUCAGUAUUCACACACUAACGUUGGAGUGAUUGGAACCAGGAAGUAACCCGUUACUCCAGUCUGUUUGUCCUUUUAUAUGGCCGAACCUUGAAGAGAUCUUUAUAGAGUCUAAUUUAUGGCCGAACCUUGAAGAAAUCUUUAUAGGGCCGAACCUUGAAGAGAUAUUUAUAGAGUCUAGUUUGGCUGAGUGGUGUGAACAGCUCUUACCUCCUCUGUGGAACCAGGCCAGUCCAGUUUGGCUGAGUGGUAUGAACAGCUCUUAACUCCUCUAAGGAACCAGUCCAGUUUGGCUGAGUGGUGUGAACAGCUCUUAACUCCUCUGUGGAACCAGUCCAGUUUAGCUGAGUGGUGUGAACAGCUCUUACCUCCUCUGUCCUGUCAGUAUGUCUGAGUGGUAUGAACAGCU